AGUAUCCCUCUAGGAAUCCCUCUUCCUGUGAUGGGGACCUCCCAAUCUUCUCCUUUCCAGCCUGAAGGGAAUGACGGUCUCGUGCAAACAACGAUUACUUGGAGAGGAGGUGGGACAAACGUCUUUUUGUCGGGAACGUUCGAAAGCUCAUGGAAGGGUCGUGUCCGCAUGAUUCCUGAAUCAAGCCCUGGUGUUUUCUCUGUUGCGAUUAGGUUGCCGCCCGGGAAUCAUCGUUUGAAAUUCUUAGUGGAUGACCAGUGGAGAUGCUCAGACGAGCUACCCACUGCAACAGAUAACGAUGGACAUUUAGUGAAUUAUAUCGAAGUUCCCCCCUCUGCAUGGGAUCCGUCGGAGACGGCCUCAUCCCGAACUUCUCGCCAACAAACACCGUUUAUCAGUCACAUUCCACCUCACCUCGUGCAUUCUGCUGUGCAGGAGGAAAGGUACCUUUCCCAACAACUUGCAGAUCCUCCCCCAAUACCGCAUCCUGCCACGUUGCCCCGUCAUCUUGAGAAGGUCAUAUUAAAUGCUCAGCGGCACGGACGAGAUCGAGCUGUAAUGGAGGGUAGCCGGGAUGAUAACUCCGUCCUUCCUAUACCAAACCACGUCGUGCUUAACCAUCUAGGCACCAGCGCAAUCAAGAAUGGGGUGCUGGCGGUCGCAACCACAAUGAGGUAUCAUAAGAAGUACAUAUCAACACUAUACUUCAAACCCGCUUGAUCAUAGGUUGGUAUCCCCACGCCCGCGCCGUUCACCCUGCAAGACCAUACGCUGGGCUAGCUGAAUCUCCAUUGUAUUCCAAUGUCCAGCUUCCUGCUGUACGAGAAUUUGCUAUCAUCGCUUUGCUUUUUUGGAAUUUAUAGCUUGAGGUGCUUUCCGCUUCUUGGACGAACGAACUGAAUCGGCUGUAGAUGGAAUAUGGAGUGAGGAUUCGAACAAAGCAUGCCCGAUAGUCU